UGCCAUCAAAACGCACGCUUUUUUCCACCAUUUUUUUCCGCUCUUAUCUUCCCCUCCUCUCCCCCAAUCCAUCUCCUGCUUUCUUCACAUCAAACUCUCAUCUGCAGCCUCAAGCUCCCGAGGAAAAUCUCCAUGUGAAUAGAGAGAGAGAGAGAGAGAGAGAGAGAGAGAGAGAGAGAGAGAGAGAGAGAGAGAGCCUCCUCUUCGUCUUCCUCCAAUCUGCAGCAGAACCCAGCACAGCACCAUGGACGGUAUGCUGUGCAGCAUGCAGAAGAGAAAGCCCACCAAGAGAUCCAAACCCAAGAGCAAGCCCAUCAAGGUCGUCUACAUCUCCAACCCCAUGAGGGUCAAGACCAGCGCUUCCCAGUUCCGGGCGCUGGUGCAGAAGCUCACCGGCCGCGACGCCGAGUUCCCGGACCCGGCCAAGUUCCACGGCUCCGAUCCGGAUGGCGUCGGCGCGGCGGCCCCCCGUGCCGUCGUCGACGCGGCGGAUGACGACGUCGUGGAGCCGGGGAGGAGGCUGAGCCUCCCGAAAGUGGGGUCCGUCCAGGAUCUUCACCACCAUCAUCAGAAUCACCCGAGCGGCGAUCAUGGUAGACUGGGUGCCGGCAACUAUGAGCCGUUCGAUGAUGUGUUCACUCCUCAAAUGCUGGAGACUCUCUUGCUUCCAUCAAGCCUGCUGUACGAGUCCUCUCCGAUGGAUUCGGCCUAAGGGAGAAAGCCUGAAAAGUUUGACGCAGCGUGGGAAUAACUGUGCAGUAAGUGCUAGAAGUGACUUUUGCACUUUCGUCUUUUCGUAGUUGUUGUACAUGUAUGUAAAUGGCACUGAGGUCAGGUGUAAUUAUGCUGGUAAAUAAGCAGUGACCGACCUUGAGAAGCAGCUUCAUGGUUGGGACGAUCUGUUAAAGACCAUAUAAUAUGCUCCUCUAAGUAGAAUUCUAUGAAUUAUCAAUGUUCUUCUAUCGUUUUUUCGAGU